AUGGACCCGAGUACACCCCUUAUUCCAAAGGAGGACUACGCGCCGGCUAAGACAUGGAGCGAUGUGAAAGAAAUUUUGUCUACGGAGUCGGGGGAGUCGGCGGAGUUAUGGGCAAAGGCUAGUAUGAUUGCUUUCGACGCCAUUUGCCAGUUCGGCGUUAGCUUCAUGACCAUUGUCUUCGUCGGACACAUUGGCGAGAUUGAGCUCUCCGCCGUCUCCAUCUCUCUCUCCGUCAUUGGAAUCUUCUCUUUCGGUUUCCUGCUUGGCAUGAGUAGUGCACUUGAAACGCUCUGUGCCCAAGCAUUUGGAGCUGGUGAAGUCAAUUUGUUAGGAGUUUUAAUGCAGAGAGGCUGGAUUGUCUCGUUAGUUUCCUGCCUAGUCUUCCUCCCUAUAUACAUCUUUGCCACUCCGAUUCUGAGACUUCUCGGUGAGUCAGAGGAGGUUGCAGUUUCAGCUGGAGAAUUCACACUUCUAACCAUCCCUCAGCUUUUCUCCCUAGCCUUCAUUUUCCCUACCACCAAGUUCCUUAUAGCGCAGAGAAAAGUAGAGGUCAUGGCUACUAUUGGAUUCUGUGCCCUUGUCCUACACGUCUUUAUGCUCUGGCUAUUUAUAAUCGUCUUUGGUUGGGGAACAAACGGUGCUGCCUUGGCGUUUAAUAUCACAAACUGGGGAACAGCAAUCUCUCUAAUCGUUUAUGUGGUUGGUUGGUGUAAUGAAGGAUGGUCUGGUUUGUCUUCGUUGGCUUUUAAAGAGAUGUGGGUUUUUGUUAGACUCUCUAUUGAAUCCGCUGUUAUGAUUUGCCUUGAACUAUGGUAUAUGAUGAGUAUCAUAGUUCUUACUGGUCACCUUGACAACGACGUUAUCGCGGUUGAUUCUCUCUCCAUAUGCAUGAAUCUCAACAGUGUGGAGCUCAUGUUGUUCGUCGGAGUAAACAUGGCUAUAUGUAUGCGUGUCGGCAAUGAACUUGGCGCCGGCCGUCCAAUAGCAGCGAGAUACUCUGUCUAUGUCGCGCUGUUCCAGUCUCUCCUCAUCGGUCUUGUCUUUAUGGUGGCUGUCAUCAUAGCCAGAGACCAUUUUGCCAUCAUGUUUACAAGCAGCCAAGUACUUCAACACGCUGUGUCUAAGCUAGCUUAUCUUCUUGGCAUAACCAUGGUUCUCAACAGCGUGCAGCAAGUUCUUACCGGUGUGGUUGUUGGAGUUCUUAAGCAACGCCCAGUGGCUUAUAUCAACUUGGUUUGUUACUUCAUUUUCGGCAUUCCCUUUGGCUGUUUCCUUGGUUACAAAGCAAACUUGGGAGUGAUGGGGCUUUGGGGUGGAAUGAUAGCAGGAUCAGCUCUUCAAACGUUAUGCCUGAUGUUUGUGGUGUACAAGAUAGACUGGGAGAAAGAGGUGGAGGAGGCCAAAAAACGCCUGCCGGAACGUAGCCGGAAUGAAACAACAUCAGAGAAUGCAAUUGCGUGAUUUUGGAUUUUAAUCUUCACACAGAUUCAACUAUUCAAACGACAUUGUACCUAAUAAUGAAUUCAGAACAUGUCUUCCCCACAUAAAUGCUUAAGAGAUCGUUUUAUUUCUAUGUUUUGCUCUGGAACAUAAAUGCAUACAUAUAUAUUUAUAGAUAUAUUUCUUGUUAAUGUUUCUUACAACA